AGAAGGGCUGGGCGGUAAGCGGUCCAGUGGGUAAAAUCCUGCUUCCUGCCUGACGGGGGGCGGGGUUCUUGGUCUCCGUGGAGACGGCUACUCCUAGCGACCCGACAGGCGUUGAGCAGAGUUGCUGGCCUCAUGGACGCUGAGAGCCUCCUCCUGUCGCUGGAGCUGGCUUCGGGCAGUGGGCAGGGCCUCAGCCCGGACCGUCGGGCCUCGCUGCUCACUUCCCUCCUGCUCGUUAAGCGUGACUACCGGUACGAUCGGGUCCUGUUUUGGGGUCGCAUUCUCGGCAUCGUCGCAGAUUACUACAUCGCGCAGGGCCUGAGUGAAGACCAGCUCGCACCACGCAAGACACUCUACAGCUUGAACUGCACCGAUUGGAGCCUCUUGCCCCCUGCCACAGAGGAGAUGGUGGCACAGAUAGCCAUGGUGAAGGGCCGCUUCAUGGGGGACCCAUCACAUGAGUAUGAACACACCGAACUCCAGAAAGUGAAUGAGGGUGACAAGGUCUUUGAAGAAGAAGUAGUGGUUCAGGUCAAGGAAGAGACCCGCUUGGUAUCCAUCAUUGACCAGAUUGACAAGGCGGUGGCCAUCAUCCCCCGAGGUGCCCUCUUUAAGACCCCUUUUGGACCCACUAAUGUUAAUCGAACCUUUGAAGGACUGUCCUUGUCUGAAGCCAAGAAGCUCAGCUCUUACUUCCACUUCAGGGAGGCUGUCGACCUGAAGAAUAAGACCUUGCUUGAGAAGGCUGACCUGGAUCCCUCCCUGGACUUCAUGGACUCCUUGGAGCAUGACAUCCCCAAAGUUUCCUUUUGACCCCAGAGAAGAUUUUCUGAUGUAUUUAUGACCAAGAGCUGCCAGGACAUGGAACGUGAGAACCCAGGGGAGGCGGUGGAGCCGGCCUCUCUGCUCACUCCUGUUGGGUCAUUGGAAGGCAGCUGGCCAGAACGGAGGAAGAGGGCGAUUGCUUUAUUUCCCCUUUUUAACCCAUUUGGCCUUCCAAAGGGACCUCUGCCCCACUACUCCCCUUUGUGAGAAACUGCAUGUAGGCUUGUGUGGAUCAGGGAUGAUCCUUGCGGGGCAUUGAGUUCGUUGCUGCCAGGCCAUGUUGGUCCCUGGAUCUCUGUGGGGUUCAUGGCACAGGGCCAUCCCACGCUCCCAGCUGCUGCCCCUGUUGCUGAAGCUCUGUUUAUUUUAUCUGUGUUAGGCUUCUGGGUGUCAGAUCUGAGGGUCCUAAUGGAUGGAAUCACCCCUUAUUCUCAAAUAAGUCCUGGAUGGCAGGAAAGGGAAAACAGAGGGGUUCAUUCUGACAUGACCCACCACUCCCCAAAGACCCCGAAGACCCAGCAAGUUAGAGAGGUAGACCUGAUCAACCAAGCAACCUGACUUCUAGCAACAGAUUGAAUUUGUUCUUUGGUGGGCAGGUGGGAGGGGCUGGAGAGGUUCUUUGCUGGGGGUUAGGUGGUCUCCAACAUGGGAGCCCCUGGAGGCGGGACAUUGCUGAUUGUCCUGCCUGUGGUCACUUGCUCAGAUAUGGAAGUUCCAGCUCUGCUCCCCUAACUUUGGUUCUGCCCAAGGAACUGAUGGCGGGAAGGAGGGCGGAAUGUGGCAGGACAGGGGGAGCCAGAAAGGGAGCAAAGGGCUUGGGGACAGAGGGAGCUGGAGAAGGAGCAAAUGAACAAUGUUCUGGAAAACAGCUUGUUUCCCUUUUCCAGCCUCCCUGCCUGCCCUGCCCACUGGAGACAGUUUAGAAUAAUGAGUCGUAAUUUGAUUACAUUCUCUUUCAGCCUAGCAGGGUAAACAAGGAUCUCCUGUGGAAGGAAGACAGGAGGCGGCCCAGACUUCUGGCUCACUCUCCUGGGCCUGGACAGGGGUUUCCCCCUCCAGUGGUCGUCUUUUCUCCCUCGGUGCGCAUGUUUGGACGACUUCAGUCCCCUUUUUCUACCAAUGUUUACUUUGUCCUAUAUCUCCUGCCCCUCCUCCACCCUCCCCUGUAAUGUCCUCACCCUGAAGCCUGUAUACUAUGUAAAUAUUUAAAACCAUCUAUGAUUUCCUGUUUAUUGUCAGUAUAAAUCUUGCGUUCAUUCAUUUAGCAUCUGUCCCCCUGUAUCUAUCUCAGGAGAGGCCUGAAGGCAAGGCCAUGUGUCCACCCUUCUCUAGGAGCACAGCAUUGCUCAGGUCAA